ACCGUCUCCAAAAGUGUGUCUGCAACAUUACCAAAACGAAACCUUCCCAUUGGAUUCCCACAACUUUUUCCUGUUUUAAAUUAAUUCUUUUUUGUCAGAAACAGAGAAAUAAAAUUGUUUAGUAUUGUUCCUUGUUUUGGUGUGAGAUGGAAAGAGAUUUUCUUGGUUUGAGCGACAAGCAGUAUCUCAGCAACGUUAAACGCGAGGCUGGCGAUGAUCGUGUCGGAGAACUAGGGUUGAGCAAGAAGGCAGCUAGACAAUGGGGAAAGGCAAAGUUCUUGCCUAGUUCAAGUUUCAUGCCUGCUGCUGCAGAUUUUCAGGCGGGAUCGUACCACUGGGGCCCAGUUUCUGCGGCCAGCAAUCUCCGCAUAAACCAAUUAAGCGGUGGUGCGUUUCAGAACGCGAAUCCGCUUUUACUUGGCGGAUCAGUUCCGUUAACAAAUCAUUCUUCUUUCCGUCCUGCCUUGAACUCGUCGGCUGAUGCACGAGUGACUUCCUCAGGAUCACUACCUCAGCUCACUAUCUUCUAUGGUGGAACUGUUAGCGUCUUUAAUGAUAUAUCUCCUGAUAAGGCUCAAGCUGUUAUGUUAUGUGCCCGGAACGGUUUGAAAGGAGAAACUGGAGAGAACAGCUUGAAGAAACCGGUUCGAGAAACUGAAAGAGUCUAUGGAAAACAAAUCCAUAACGCUCCUGCUGCUGCUGCAUCAUCAAGCUCUGCCACUUACGCUGAAAGUUUCUCUAGGUGUAGAGACAGACCCGUUGGUACGUCUAAUGCAAUGUGUAUGAUUGAAUCAUUCAACGCAGCAGGUCCUGGAAAUAUGAUUCCUUCAGUUCCUCAAGCUCGUAAAGCAUCGUUGGCUCGGUUCUUGGAGAAGCGCAAAGAGAGGCUCAUGAGUGCACUGCCGUACAAGAAGAUGCUUCUUGAUUUGUCGACCGGAGAAUCCAGUGGAAUGAAUUACUCUUCUGCUUCGCAUACCUAAAACCUUUCUUCUUCUUCCUUUUCUAAAACCACUCUGAGGUUUUAUUACGAUGGUAACUUGUAAUAUAAUCAAUAGAUUAUUAUUAUUAGCUACCAUUUAUUAUGCUACGAGCAGGAAAAGGCGUCAGGCGUCUAUAUAUUUGAACAUUGUUGUAAUGGUUUAGUCUGUUAUCGUAGGAUCACUUUAUUAUUUCAAACACUAACAUAUAUUUUAUAUGGUUUCAUGUCUGUUAAGAAUAAAAACCACCUUUGUUAUUAA